AGCUUUACAGUUAAAGUUCAAGUAGUUUAAAUCUCAAGUUACCAAUCAAACAACGUAAAAUGGCUGAUACCACACCACAAGUGAACGAAGCCCACCAGAACGGCGACAAAGCGCUAGAAACGGUUCAAAAUAAUGAUCAGAACAGUGCAGAGCAAACGCAAGAAGCUGUUCAACAGACCACCGAACAGAACGGCACAGAGCAAUCGGCGGAAAACCAAGAGGACACCAAACAAUCAGAGGAAGCUGUUACCAACGGAAACUCGAAGCGUGCAACGCUUGAUAACCACGACCGAAAACUUUUCGUUGGCGGCAUCAGUCCGGAAACGACUGAGAAGGAGCUGAAGGAACAUUUCGUUCAAUAUGGUGAAAUUGAGGACAUAAGUCUGCGGACCGAUCGCAACACCGGCCGGUCACGUGGUUUCGCUUUCAUUGUGUUCAAGGAAGCCGAUUAUUUGGAUGCAGUCAUUGCCGCUGGCGAUCAUAUAAUCAAAGGCAAAAAAAUAGAUGCCAAAAAAGCCAAGGCCCGUCAGGGAAAGAUCUUCGUCGGCGGACUAAGUCCGGAGAUCAGCGAUGAAACCAUUAAAACUUUCUUCGGACAGUUUGGUACUAUUGCUGGCAUUGAGGUGCCUUUCGAUAAGCAGAAGAACCAGCGCAAAAACUUCUGCUUCAUUACGUUCGACGCGGAAUCGGAAGCGGCCGAAGCUCUAAAGGUACCCAAGCAAACCAUCGCUGGGAAGGAAGUGGAUGUGAAGAAAGCGACGCAGAAACCCAACGAUAUGCAGACUGGUGGACGGGGUGGCUUACGUGGUAAGCCACAGCGUGGUGGUCGUGGAGGAUACAGUUACGGACAAAGGGAUUUCGGACAAUUCGGAUAUGGUGGUUUUGGUGCGGGAGGCUUCGACCAAGGUGGUUAUGGACAGGGAGGUUUUGGUUAUAACGAUUUCGGUUAUGGUGGAUUUGGUCAAACUCAAGGAUUUGGAUAUGGAUACUCGAGCUUCUCGAAUGGUGGAUUCCAGGGUAAACAACGAGGCGGACGUGGAGGCCAACGCCAAUCGAACAGACAAACCCCGUACUAAGUUUAAUGGCUAUUCAACAUCUAGUUGGUCUAAAGAAAAGGAACACGCAUUUGAAUCUUGAUGAACACAUUUGGCUUUUUUAGUAAUUUAUUUGUUGGAAAAUUGAAUAAAAAUAAAAAUUGAU